GGGAAGUAUCGCGGGAAGAGGGAGUGAGCGUAGCUUUUAGAAGUCGCUAUGGUGACGGGGAGGUUCGAGGCUUCUUGGUAAUGAGUGCCAGCUCUGAGCAAUUGCCACCGCCUUCCUGGAACUUAAGUGAAUACAAUCAAGUGGCAUCUAAAAAUUUUGCUGAAAAGUGGAGACAUGAGACUGAAGAUAUCUCUUUUAAAAGAACCAAAGCAUAUCCUUUUAAUACUUAUAAACCUUAUUGUGAUCACCUUACUACAGUAUUGUUCAAAGUUUUCUUCUAUUAUAGCCUAGUUGGAGAGUGGAUUUUUUUUCAUUCUUUUAAUAGUAGUUUAGCUGAAUUGUUUUUGAAAUAUUUGAGGUCAUGUGUUGCAUGUAAUUCUCCAAAGCAAACUGUCUGUUCUUAUUUUCGAAUUUUUAUUGAUGUUUUUCUUUUACUACUUAAGGACUACUGUGAAGUUUUUGUUUAGUCUAGUAUGAUCUUAAAGAGAAGCUUUUUAAAAAUCAAAUGAUUUUUUUCUUUUAGAUUCCACAUAUGAGUGAUAUCAUAUGGUAUUUUUCUUUCUCUUUCUGGCUUACUUCACUUAAAAUGAUGAUCUCCAGAUCCAUCCAUGUUGCUGCAAAUGGCAUAUUAAAAAAAAGAAAAGAAAAAAAUUUUUUAAUUAAAUAAUUUCUUUUGUUAGUGUGAUCUAGUAUUUUUCAUACGUAUGAUAAAGUGGAGGAUAAGCUGGGUAAGUCUGAACAGUUAGACUUUUAUUAUUCAUGUGGGAAGGUGGCAAUUAUAUUUUCUCAAACGCUUGACCCUAUGUUUUGUCAGUAAAAAUUCCCAAUUAUGUGUCAGGAAGAUAUGAUAGGCCCUUUUACCUUCAUUCUUAGUUAUUUAGAUCAGUGCUUCUAAAAGUAUCAUCUGCAGACUUUAUUGCAAGUCUGUGAAGAGAUAAAUACAGAAAUUGAAAGUAAGAGAGUUUAUUGAUUGCUUAGAUAAGUCAAUAAAAAGCAUUGGUGAGAAGAGGAGGAAGUAAAAUGAUUAUACAAUAACAACAAAAGAGCAAACCAACCAACCAGGAAUGAUGGGGUAGUGUUGAAAUCCACAUAUAAGCAGGAGAAAGCAUCCUUUAUAAAUGACAAACUGAAGUACCUUCUCUAGACACACAGUUUCAUGUGUAAUUUAAGCAGAAUUAGUAAGCUGUGUGGGCUGGACUACUGCUGAAGAACUGUAUUCGUGUAGUGAUGAUCACCAGAUAGUGAAGUGGAACUUGUUAACCAGUGAAACAAGUCAAAUAGUAAAGCUGCCUGAUGAUAUUUACCCGAUAGAUCUUCACUGGUUUCCGAAAAGUUUAGGCGUAAAGAAACAAACUCAAGCAGAAAGCUUUGUCCUCACAAGUUCUGAUGGUAAAUUUCAUCUGAUUUCUAAGUUAGGAAGAGUAGAGAAAAGUGUGGAAGCUCACUGUGGAGCAGUACUUGCAGGACGAUGGAAUUAUGAAGGAACAGCAUUAGUUACAGUUGGAGAAGAUGGACAAAUAAAAAUCUGGUCAAAGACUGGAAUGCUAAGAUCAACUUUAGCUCAGCAAGGAACACCAGUGUAUUCAGUAGCAUGGGGCCCUGAUUCAGAAAAGAUUCUUUACACAGCAGGCAAGCAACUGAUCAUUAAACCUCUUCAACCAAAUGCUAAAGUUUUACAGUGGAAAGCUCAUGAUGGCAUUAUUUUAAAAGUAGAUUGGAACUCAGUCAAUGAUUUAAUUUUAUCUGCUGGUGAAGACUGUAAAUACAAGGUAUGGGAUAGUUACGGCCGCCCUCUGUACAGUUCGCAACCUCAUGAGCAUCCGAUUACCUCAGUUGCCUGGGCUCCAGAUGGAGAAUUAUUUGCUGUUGGAUCGUUUCAUACUUUACGCUUGUGUGAUAAAACUGGGUGGUCAUAUGCUUUAGAAAAGCCCAACACCGGCAGCGUAUUUAAUAUUGCGUGGUCAAUUGAUGGCACCCAGAUCGCUGGAGCCUGUGGAAAUAGACAUGUUGUUUUUGCACAUGUGGUGGAGCAGCGCUGGGAAUGGAAAAAUUUCCAAGUAACAUUAACUAAAAGAAGGACCAUGCAGGUUCGUAACGUUCUUAAUGAUGCAGUGGAUUUACUGGAAUUUCGUGAUAGAGUCAUUAAAGCAUCUUUGAACUAUGCACACUUAGUUGUUUCAACGUCUCUUCAGUGUUAUGUGUUCUCUACGAAGAACUGGAAUACACCACUUAUAUUUGAUCUCAAAGAAGGAACUGUUAGUUUAAUUCUGCAGGCAGAAAGACAUUUUCUACUUGUAGAUGGUGGUGGUAUCUAUUUAUAUUCUUAUGAAGGGCGCUUUAUUUCUUCUCCAAAAUUUCCUGGAAUGAGAACAGAUAUUCUAAAUGCACAGACUGUCUCUUUGAGUAAUGAUACCAUAGCAAUAAAAGACAAAGCUGAUGAAAAAAUAAUCUUCCUCUUUGAGGCAUCAACUGGAAAACCAUUGGGAGACGGGAAGCUUCUUUCUCAUAAGAAUGAAAUUUUGGAAAUUGCUCUGGAUCAAAAGGGACUUACCAAUGAUAGAAAAAUUGCUUUCAUUGAUAAAAAUAGAGAUCUCUAUAUUACUUCAGUGAAACGAUUUGGGAAGGAAGAACAAAUUGUCAAACUUGGAACAAUGGUGCAUACUUUGGCAUGGAAUGAUACAUGCAAUAUCCUUUGUGGACUUCAAGAUACUCGAUUUACAGUGUGGUAUUACCCCAAUACGGUUUAUGUGGACAGAGACAUUUUGCCUAAAACAUUACAUGAAAGAGAUGCAAGUGAAUUCAGUAAAAAUCCCCAUAUUGUGAGUUUUGUCAGAAAUCAGGUAACUAUAAGAAGAGCUGACGGCUCACUGAUUCACAUCAGCAUAUCACCAUAUCCUGCUAUUCUCCACGAGUAUGUAAGCAGUUCGAAAUGGGAAGACGCCGUAAGACUCUGUCGCUUUGUUAAGGAGCAAACUAUGUGGGCUUGCCUAGCUGCCAUGGCAGUUGCUAAUCGAGAUAUGACUACUGCAGAAAUAGCCUACGCAGCAAUUGGUGAAAUUGAUAAGGUUCAAUACAUCAAUUCUAUAAAAGAUCUUCCAUCUAAAGAAUCAAAAAUGGCCCACAUAUUAAUGUUUAGUGGGAACAUACAGGAGGCUGAAAUGGUACUUCUGCAGGCUGGCCUUGUUUAUCAAGCAAUUCAGAUCAAUAUUAAUCUCUACAAUUGGGAAAGGGCACUUGAAUUGGCUGUAAAAUACAAAACACAUGUUGAUACAGUUCUUGCUUACCGUCAAAAGUUUUUGGAGACAUUUGGCAAACAGGAAACUAAUAAACGAUACCUACAGUAUGCAGAAGGUCUCCUAAUAGACUGGGAGAAAAUCAAAGCUAAAAUUGAGAUGGAAAUUACUAAAGAACGAGAGCGAUCAUCAAGCAGCCAGCCCAGCAAGAAUUUUGGUCUAAAGCACUAAAUGCCAUGCUUACCUUUAAGAAGUUUUACCUUAAGAAAUUAAUUCUGAUUAACCAAGGAUAAGCAUGUUUUCACUGUUAAAGAAUCUUUAAGUGUAAGCAUUUAAUGUGUAUUUAAUACCAAAAGUAUAUUCAGAAAGACUAAGCACAAAAUAAUUGAUGUAAUUUCAUCUUUUAUAUUUUAGUUCAAUAAUUAGCAAAACAUUCUUAUAUGCUUCUGAUACAGCUGUGUAGUGAUGCUUACAUUCUAGUUUUCUGUCCAUUAUUUUAUCCUUGAAUGUUCAGUAUAAACAAGUAUUAAUGCUGAUAAUAAAACACUGGAUUCUUUAAAA